AUUGUGAAGAGUUUGGUACACUACUAUUCCACGAUUAUUUUUCAAAAUCAGUUUUUUGACUCCUUCCUUCAAUCAAGUUCCAAGAAAAUCACAGGCUCUCUCCUUCUGACUCCACGUUACUAAUUUUCCUGAAUUGCAAAUCCUCAUUCUUCAAUUAUUCUUUUAAAUAUAUUUUCCCCAUAUAAUCUGAUUAAAUGAUAAUCAAAUUUUUGUGUCGCACUCCUUUUCUUUCCUAUGUCACCUCCUCAAGAACUUCAUUUUUUAGCUCAAAACGUCACUUCUUCUCUAAUCAUCCGACAACAGUCAUCAGUUUCUGCAAAAAUCAAGGCAAAUUGACCAAGAUUAGGUGUAGUAUUUACCUACACACAAGGUCCUCAGUGAGUUGCUCUGUAACUCCAGCAAUGGCAAGGGAGAAGGAAAUGGAACAAGUGGAUAGAAUAUUAGAUGCAAAAGAGGAUGACCAUGGUGGGGUAACAGUGGAAAUGACUAAUGAGCCCUUGGACCCUUCUGUCUUUGCUUCUUUGCUUAGAGCCUCACUUUCUCAUUGGAGACAACAGGGUAAAAGAGGUGUUUGGAUCAAGUUACCUAUUGAGCUUGUAACGCUUGUUGAACCUGCUGUUAAGGAAGGAUUUUAUUACCACCACGCAGAACCAAAAUACUUGAUGCUUGUGAAUUGGCUCCCUGGAACUGCUAACACUAUUCCGGCAAAUGCCACACAUAGAGUGGGUAUUGGUGCUUUUGUCAUCAAUGAAAGGAAUGAGGUGCUAGUUGUCCAAGAAAAGAACGGACGAUUCCGUGGAACCGGUGUGUGGAAGUUUCCUACAGGAGUUGUUGAUGAGGGUGAAGAUAUAUGUGAUGCAGCUGUCAGGGAAGUAAAAGAAGAGACAGGGGUUAAUGCAAAAUUUGUAGAAAUACUGGCAUUCAGGCAAAGCCACAAAUCAUUCUUUGACAAGUCAGAUCUAUUCUUUGUCUGCAUGCUACAACCUCUCUCCUUUGAUAUCCAGAAGCAGGACGCAGAAAUAGAGGCAGCCCAGUGGAUGCCAUUUGAACAAUAUGCAGCUCAACCGUUUGUCCAUGGACAUGAGCUUCUAAGAUACAUUUCUGACAUAUGCUCGGCGAAGAUGGAGGGCAGGUAUACUGGAUUCUCCUCAGUUCCUACAGUGACCAGUUUUUCUCAGAAGAAUACCUAUUUGUACAUGAAUGGCAAUGUUAGAACAACCGGCAGCGACGACUCCUAAUGUGAGAGGAAGCUAAAAAUUGAUUUUCCCUCCCCCAAAGGGGAAAAGGAAGAAAUAUGGAUACGAAGUUUGAUUCACUGUGACUUCAAUGAGGUUUAUAAAGGUUCAAUUCUUUUAUAUUAUGAUGUAAUAACAUGAGAACAAUGAGAUCCAAAGUGUUCAGUGAUGGAAGUACUGGCUUUCAGAUUAUAUUUUUGAAGCUGUAGACAAUGCAAUAAGUGUACAAGAAUUAUUUGUGUA